UUUUAUUGAACUAAAAUAUUUUUCCAAAUUUUAUUAGUCUAGAUUCUGAAAAUGUCACCAUAUGUUGUGUUUUUAUUGAUAUUCGCUAUAGCCUUUGGUGAGCAAAAUGAAGACCCUAGUGUACAGAACAAAGAUGCAAAAAUGGAGAGAAAAAUAAAAGGCAUUGCAAAAAACAUUGUUGAUAAAUGGAAAACAGAAGGUUUAACAAUAACAAAAGAUAAAGUGCAAGAAUGGAUUGGGAAAUUGGAUGAAGGUCAAGCCAUAGCCAGAAAAGAAGCACUAAUGAACAAUGCUCAAGAUGAGGAGGUAACAGUAGAAGAGGACACAGAACAAUUAGAUGCUAAUACUAUGGAAGAAGUAAGAAAAAAUGUGGUAGAAACUUUUUCGAAAAUAGGAAAAAUAAAAUGCGACGACUGUGAUGGAAAAAAUAGUGAACAAAGUGUAAAUUAUAAUAAUUUAGACGUUGAUGAGUUAAAGCGAAUGCAGGAACAAGUGAAACAGUUUCAACAGGUUGAAAAAAUGUCAAAACUAGCAAAAGUAAUGAAGGGAUUAUCAAAUUUUGAUGUGUUCAAGAAAAUUAUCGAUUUAGGACCUUCGUUAAAAAAUCUGAUCAAUCCCAAAGAAGACAGAGAGGAACUAUAAUAAAAAUAUAUAUUUAUUA